CACUCCAUCCGUCUCCUCUGCCCUGGGUGAAGACGCGCACCCGGCUCCUCCUCCCUCACCUCCGCCUAAACCUGCUCCUCCAUGGCGCUCACCGGUGCCUCGCCGCGCCUCUCCUUCCUCAAGGAUCUCCAGGCCCUCCUCCGCUCAUUACGGGAGCUGAACUAAACGUGUCGUUAGAGUGUAGAUUCAUUUAUUUUGCUUUGUAUAUAGUCUAUACUGGAAUCUUUAAAAACUUAUAUUUAGAAACGGCGGGAGUAUUCUAUUCGGCAUUUGUGGUUAAAACAUUCAAUACCAGGCAUAAAACCUGAGCUUUUUGUAUUUUCAAGUGGCUAAGCAAAUACCUGCUAAUUCCUCACCUGUGCAGCAAGUUUGGAACCACGGGCGCAUGAACCUAUGGAGGUGAGAACGUGUGUGGAUAAGAAACUACUGGACCAGAAGAGGAGAUAGGCCUAGGCGGUGGUGUGGGACCAAGUGGACACGUGUGUAGCUCGUGUGAGGUAGCCGACGCCCAGCAUAUGGCCGACUCCGCCCCGUCCCUAGUUCCUCGAGGUCGACUCCUCCAUGCCGGACGCCGCCUCGCCCACACCUCCUCGCCCUCACCGCUGUACGCCGCCUCGCCCUCGCCGCCGGGACCAGGGCCAGGAAUUAAAAAGCAAACAAAAGCAGGGGCCAGGAGUACAUCUCAACUUUUACUGUAUUUCUUGUUGACAACUAGUGCAGAAAUUGGAGCACCACGAGCAAGCAGGCAGAGGAGCAGAUUUACAGAGGGGUGCUUCUUCUCACCAGCAGCAACACGAGCAGGGGAGGCUUCUUCUCACCAGCAGCAACACGAGCAGGGGAGCAGCAGCUUGCACAGGAGCAGGCCCGCUGGGAGCUUGAGGACGAGCUUCAGGUCGAGGCCCCCCGAGAGCUCCAGCUCCAGGCGCUCGAGACGCAGGCGCGCGCAGGUCCUGGACGGCGGGAAGGGAUAGCGGCGGCGCAGGCCCUGGGCGGCGGGAGGGGAUAACUGCGGUGCAGUGCCCUUCAGCCAUGGAGCCGCCGCCCAUCGAGGUGGUCGCCGCGGAGGAGUAGGUGGCGCAACUCGUCCCCGUGCGGGCGGCACAGGUGGGAAGGGGUGGCGCAGGUCCCUGCGGGUGCCGACGGUGGCUGGGGCGACCACGGCGGAAGGAGGAAGAAGAAGAGGGGGCUGAUUAGCACGAGAUUUAAAAUCCUAAGGACUUUUUUGCCCUGGACAACUUUUCCGGGACAGAGGGAGUAGCACUUUACAUGGGAAUCGAUCCCGCGACCUCACAGUCGUUCGCAUCAUGCACCAACCACCGCACUAACUCGCAUUAGUUGCCCAGACUACUGCUUCUUCA